AUGUCCCGCCCCGGGCUGCUGCUCCUCCUCAUCCUGCUGGGAGCCGCCGGCGCCGGCCGCGCCCUGAGCCUCCCCAGCGCCGCCUCCAUCUUCAGCUGCCUCAACGCCGCCCUGUCGGAGGCGCAGAGGGCCCACCCCGAGGAGGAGAACGCCGUCCUGGACAAGCGCGGCGCCGAGGCACCGUCCCUGGAGGAGGCGAACGAGGAAGACGAGGAGGAGGAGGCGGCGGAGGAAGAGCUUGGGAAAAGGACAUUCCCGGGGGACGGCCACUACAAAUUCCCAUCCCAGGCGGCGCCAGCGAAGGGCAAGAGCUCCCCGAGCCGGGCCAAGAGCGACCGGCGCACCAAGGUCACGCUGUCCCUCGACGUCCCCACCAACAUCAUGAACAUCCUCUUCAACAUCGCCAAGGCCAAGAACUUGCGGGCCAAGGCGGCGGCCAACGCCCACCUCAUGGCCCAGAUCGGGCGGAGGAAGUGACGGCGCCGCCGCCGGAGGGGACUGAUGGCCGGGUGUGACAUCGGCGUUGUCUCUUCCCGACCUCGCGUCCGCGUUCCUGCUCCUCCCCUCCUCUCCUCCCCGCUCUCCUCCGUCGUCCCCUCUGGACGUUUCCGUGCGCAGGGAAGAGGUUCCUGUCCCCAGCGGGGCACGGGGGACA